AUGGCCAAAGUCACCAUCAAGCUUGAAGGGCCGCCUGUCAUCAGCUCCGUAAGCUGCCUGAGAGGCACGAUAGAGGUACAGGAUGAGCGACAAGAUGGUACAAGUGGCCCUCAAGAGCCACAGGAGCAGCUUCAGGUCGAACUGUCUCUGACGCGGGUGCGCGAGACCUGGCAGUGCAGGCGCGACAUCCUGUCCGACCCCUUCUGGGCGGUCAGCGUCGACAAGAAGAGGAUUGCCACAGUCUGGUGGCCCCCCGCGCAGAAUGCCAGGCAGUCACAGAAGGCUGAACGGUCACUACAAAUUGAAUGCCCGGGUCCACUCUCGUCAGCAAGCGAAACUCAGCACAACAGCUGCCCUACCACCUUUACGAUCGACGGACCUACGCUCUCGAACCAAGGCGCACUCCGGCCGAUAAUGAAGAGCGUGGCGAGGGUGCAGCAGGUCGAAAAGCUGUAUCUCAAGGCGACACUCGUCGAAAAGAGGCAGAAAACCUUGUUUCCCCUCCCAUUUUGCUGUCGGCAGUCUUCGAAGCGCCUUUCCUCCAGCGGCGUCAGCCUCUAUUCGCCUGACCUUCAUUCCCACAUUCAAUCGGGCGCCGGCCCACCUGCCUUCUCGUCCAUCGAGGGCGAUCGUGUCGUUCAGAUUGCUCCCCCAACCGUGUAA